AUGCUGGAGGAAGAGACCAGGGCGAGAAAGACAGAGCGGGAGCACCUGGAGGAUUUGCUGAGAGAGGAGAAGUGUAAACGGGAGCAGCUGGAGGAGAAGUUGAGAGAGGUGACGCGGAGUCACCACGCGUUCACGGAGGCGCAGGGGCCGCCAGGGGAAGCUCUGGUGGUACUACCCACGACGGGCUGCGAGAGAGGACAGGUGCAGGGCAGCGACGGAAGCUGCAGUGGGGAGAGUCACGUGGUGGAAAGCGCACAGACGGCGGCAGGCAACGGAGAGACACCCGAUGGCACGGCAGGGCUUGUACAACGGGACGAGAGACAGUUGGAUGCGGGUAUCGGCACACAGCAAGGCAAUACAGCGAGGAGUAAGCCUAGGAACGCCACAUUGGGGAGGAAGGCAAGCAAAGCGGAGAGAGAUGGCCAGACUAGAGAGCAUAGCGAACAGCAGCCAAAGGCUGACUCGGUAGACGAAAACAGGAGGCGAGUAUUUGUGUUCGGAGACGGUAACGCUGUCCGAAUGAAGCGAACAUUGCUGAAGAUGGUCAGUUGGAACCGGAACGUGCAUGUCAGAGCGGACACGGACACCACUGUGAAGGAUGUAAUUGCGGUAGUCGAAGAAUCACCGGACGUGUGGGGAUCAUCAGAAGCCAUGGUGGUAUUGCAUGCAGGUCGAAGGGAUGUGAUGGACAACAACACAGUGCCAGAGAGCGCAUUAGCGGAGAUACGCACCCACCUGCAGAUGUGGAAAGAGAGGGCUCCGAACCAUCGAUUUUAGGUGUAUGCGGUGCCAACACCACGGACGGGCAUGGACCAGCUUCUCUGCAUCUGCAGACAGUGGAAUGCAAGCCUGAGAUCUCUGUGAAGGAACUGGGCCCAUGGGUGGAAUUUGUGGCCAUGGACUGGGUUCGGGGAGAUGUGCUGGACGACAUGAUGUACAAGGCGAACAUGGCAGAG